GGAAGCAAACGUGCAGGACAUAGGAAGAGUUUUCUUGGGGAACAGGGAGGUGUGUUUUAUGAUGUAUUUGGUUACUGUGCAUAAGACUGACAGACUGAGACCUCAGCAGUUUCUAGCCCACUGGGACAGCAGGCACGCCUCGCCCUCCCCUCCGUCAGCCAUGCACUGACUGAAAUUCAACUUGAGGACAUAAGGGCUGGCUGUCUUUACUAAAACUGUUCAGAGCCUUUUCUGCUGACUGAGAAGGAAGGAAGAAGCUCUUCACUUUCUCAUUCUUUCUCUUGAGGGCCAGCACAGCAGAGGAUGCCCAGCAACAACUCAUCUCUUUACUGAUCCACAAAAGUGAUUUAACUGGUCCUAUUUCAGAGAAGAAGGCUGCUGUAGCAACUCUGAAGAGGGCUGCUUCUACACUGCACUGAACAUCACUGGAAGUGAAGAAUACUUCAGAUAAGUAUUGCAGUGGGUCUGAUGCUCCUGUCCUAGUAGAGACAGCAUGUCUACUGAAGAGCCUGAUACUGUUGCUUUUUCCCCUAUUAAACAGUAGCACAACUUCUCCUUUUUUUCUCUCAGCUAUUACCUAGCAAAGUAACAGGAUGGAGAACAAACAGCAAAGCAACGGUGCGAUGAAAGAAAACAAGGAGGUGAAGAAAAAAGUGAAUUGGUCUGGGAGUCUCAUUUUAGCUUCUUUAACUGGUGCUUUUGGGUCAUCUUUUCUUUAUGGUUACAAUCUCUCGGUGGUGAACGCUCCUGCAGUGUAUAUCAAGAAGUUUUACAAUGAAACUUGGCAGAGCAGAUACGGCUUCUCAGUGAAUGAAAGCACGCUGACGCUGCUCUGGUCUGUAACCGUUUCUAUUUUUGCCAUUGGUGGCCUUGUGGGUGCCAUUAUUGUUACCCCAAUUGUGAAGUUCUUCGGACGGAAAUGUACGUUGCUGCUCAAUAAUGUGUUUGCAGUGACAGCUGCGUUGUUGAUGUCCCUCUCCUUGCUGGCAGGGUCGUUUGAAAUGCUCAUACUGGGCCGCAUUAUCAUGGGUGUUGAUGCAGGAAUUUCCUUAAGUGCCCUUCCCAUGUAUUUGAGUGAAAUAUCUCCUAAGGAAAUCCGUGGUUCAUUGGGUCAGGUCACAGCAAUUUUCAUCUGCAUUGGCGUUUUCACUGGUCAAGUUUUGGGGCUGCCAGAAAUAUUUGGGCAAGAAUCUCGGUGGCCUUACUUAUUUGGAGCAAUCGCUUUUCCUUCAUUGAUACAAGUCGUGAUUCUGCCUUUUCUUCCUGAAAGUCCUCGUUACCUCCUACUUGAAAAGCAUAACACAAGUGAGGCAGAAAAAGCAUUUCAGAGAUUCCUUGGGAAAGAUGAUGUUUCUCAUGAAAUAGAAGAAGUUUUGGCAGAGUCUCGAGUCCAAAGAAACACCAAGUUAGUGUCGAUACUUCAGCUCCUGAGAACCCGUGCUGUGCGAUGGCAGGUCGUUACCGUGGUCGUCACCAUGGGCUGCUACCAGCUCUGUGGGCUAAAUGCUAUCUGGUACUACACAAACAAUAUCUUCAGUGAAGCUGGGAUCAGUCAUGAAACUAUUCCCUAUGUUACACUAAGUACUGGUGCUGUUGAGACUCUGGCUGCUGUUUUUUCUGGCUUGGUUAUUGAACGGCUUGGGCGCAGGCCUCUUCUCAUUGGAGGUUUUGGGUUGAUGGUUGUCUUCUUCUCUGUGCUUACUGUCUCCCUGACUUUACAGAACACUGUGCAUUGGCUUCCUUAUCUCAGUAUAUUUUGCAUCCUUGCAAUCAUUGCAUCAUUCUGCAUUGGACCAGGUGGGAUUCCAUUUGUCCUCACUGGAGAGUUUUUCCAGCAGUCCCAGAGGCCAGCUGCAUUCAUGAUAGCUGGAACAGUCAACUGGCUCUCCAACUUUGCAGUCGGACUGCUCUUCCCUUUCAUUCAGGCUGGUUUACAGACCUACUGCUUCCUAGUGUUUGCUGCCAUCUGCUUUGCGGGAGCGACCUACCUGUUUUUUGUCCUGCCUGAAACAAAAAAUAAGACAUUUCAUGAGAUCAGCCAGGCAUUUGCCAAAAGGAAUAAAGUAACUUUAGAAAUGCAAGAAAUGAACCACUAUGCAGGGGAGAGGAAAUCGAGUGCAGAACAAGAAUCUGACUUCACAUCUUCAGUGGACAAUGGGGAAACCAAAAAAGAGAUUGUGUAAAAUCAGGAUACUCUCUCAUGGGAUGAGGGCAAACAUGCUCUUUUCAUUUAUAGUGGUGAACAACCUGUAUUUUUUAUGUGGCAUCAUGAACUGAUUCCCCCUUGAAUAUGGUUAAAGUGAAUAUGGGUAAAUUCAUUAGCAGCUGGGGUGAUGGUUGAGGCAAUGAGAGGCAGGACUAUGGAAUCAACUGGCUUGGAAAAGACCUCUGAGAUCAUCAAGUCCAAUCCUUGAUCCAACUAGACCAUGGCACUAAGUGCAUGGAGUAGCAGCAACUGAUUAAAGAAAUAAGAGACAGGGUUUUCUUGGCACCUGUGAAAUUGGUGCUGUGGCGAGCGGGAUGGGGAAUAUGGACUUGUAGAAGUGAAGUGGCAGUGGGGAGCCAGGGUUGUGAGCAGCAGCUGGCUGAGCAUCCCCCUGUGCUCACAGGGAGGUGUGUGUGCUGUAGCCAGGAAGAGGAGGAGGUAGCAGGGAAAAGGGAAGAGAUCCCAGGGGGGGUCUGCUAAGGAUCAAUGCAAGCGAACCUGCAAUGUCACCAGCAUAUAUUUCUCCACGUUUCCCAAGAUAUCAUUCAGGUUGCAUGUGAGAACUGAGGAACUGAAAGAAGACUCAUGACACUUCCCUGACCUCCCGUUCCUUUUCCAGCUAUUUUCACCUUCAGUUGUAUUUUCUGAACAUGUCCCACCUUACCACAAACAGGCAGCUGUGGGUCCAGAUGAGUUUCCUUGUCUCUCUUGCAAAUCCUGUUGACUAGUAAUAGUAAUAGUUUCUGGGUUUGUUGGCACUGCAUUUCUCUGAAGAUAUAUACUUAAAUAAUUUUAUUUUUUAAGAAUAGACUCAGAAGCUUUACUAUGAAAAGAAAAAACUAAACCUCAUGAUGAAGUGAGAAAACUCUGGUGGUAUGUGUAGGGCAUAGUAUUAAGACAAAAAAUCAAACAUGUAGUGUUCCAAGGGUUGGGGGUUUCUGAUUUUUUGGGGGGGCUGGGAGGGGGUUGUGGUUUUUUGUUUUCUUUUGUUUUUUGCUUUUCUUUUCAAAUUCCUUUUAAAGUAAGUCUUAGGAGACAAAAUUUCUCUGAGACCUGUUAGUUCUUAACACUCAGAUCUCUCCAAAGGAAUUUUGGUGCCUAUUUCUUACUUAAACACUAAUUUUUAUUUGGGCAUUAAAUUCCGAAGCUCCAGGCCUAGUUCACAUUAAUAAGUUUCUAAGCUGUUUAGUGCUUUGUAAAACUUCUUAAUUUCAUGACAGGAAAACUCAGCAGGCUCUUGGUGGUUAGGUGAACCAUUCAUGGGACUUUUUUUAAAAUGAACACCAUCUUUGCAGUUUGCAAUUUUGAUAAUAGUUUUUCUUGAUCCUUCUAGGUACCUGGAUGCUGAGGGGUAAUGAGCACUUUUAAAUUAAAUAGCUGUUUUACAUGAAAAGUCAGUAAGUCUUAGAGCUGCUCUCAGGUAGGAGUAAGACAAAAGAAGAAAGUGCAGCAUGUAGGCAGAGCCAACUGCUUCCACAAGUUAUAUUUACUAAUCCAGAAACCCAUACAUUUGGAGCGUUUUUUUAUAAGAACAUUUGCAUAUGUAUUCAUAUGUAUACAUAUAUGAAUAUAUAUAUAUAUUCCAAGUAUAGAUAUAUUUUAAUAAUUAAUGAAUUAAUAUUAGUGGCUUUGAAGUGAAAGAGGGUAGAUAGAGAUUGGAUACUAGGAAGAAAUUCUUCACUGUGAGGGUGGUGAGGCACUGCCACAGGUUGACCAGAGACAUUGUGGAUGCCCCAUCCCUGGAAGUGUUCAAGGCCAGAUUGAACUGGGCUUUGAGCAACCUGAUCUGGUGGAAGGUGUCAUUGCCAAUGGUGGGGGUUGGAACUAGAUGAUCUGUAAGGUGCCUUCCAACCCAGGCCAUUCUGUGAUUCCAUGAUUUAUAUUUAUAUAUUUAUAUUUAUACACACACAAGAUGGAGAAUUGUUUUCCAGUAUCUGGGGUUUUUUUUCAUAUUUCCCCAAGUGAUAAGCUGGUUUUUGUUUUGUUCUACACUUUAAAUUACACUGUAAAUUAAAAUCAGAGAUCCUAAUGUUUAGCUGUUACUACUAAAUUAUGUAUAUCGUUUUAUACUGUGAUUUAUUUGUAUGUGGCAUAUUUACUGCACACAUUGUAAGCUGACCUAAUAGGGCAAUUUUACUACUAGGUAAUAGAAAAAAAAAUUGAUGUAAGCCUUUAUGCCAGAAUUUAUGCUUUUUUACUGGGAUAGGGGUACAGCAGUAAGAAAAUGAAAAUAUAUAUGAGAAAGAGAAUUAAGAAUGAAAAAAUAAAAUUUAUGAGUUUGGUGCUACUAUUAAGAGAGAGAGUGAAUCAGGAUUAUACCAACUGAUAAUCAUAGAUAGAAGCUAAUUGUGGAGAAAACUGAAGAAAAAUGUCUGUUUAAUAAGCACUUACAAAAUUUUAUAUAUAGCAAAUGAAAAUAUUAUCUUUCAGUGCCUUUAGUUCCCUAUUCCAUGAGUUACAUCAGUCUUGCUAAGUGAAUGGCUAUGUAAAAAAUGAGUGUGAAUGCCACCCCUCCAGACAGUUUUAGGAAGAAAUUCUUCCUUUUCUGCCUGCAGGGUGAGACUGGCAAAUUCAGACCUUCUCAUUCAGAUUGACAAUUACAUUGCAGUUAGGGCUACUAACAUGGUAUGAUGUAAUCUGGUUUGAGUCAAGGUGGCAAGAUUGGAAACCAUUAUUAUUAGAAUUAGAAGAAUUUAGCACUUAGUGCUGUUCAUUAAUGUUCAUUAUAGACAUUUUUAAAAAUGGAUAACUUCAAUUAAAUAUCAUGAUGACCUGAUAUGGCAGUUUUAUGGGGCUUCUGCAACAAAAUAAAAUCAUCUUACAGUUGCUUACAGUUGCAUUUGGAGCCUAGGUCUGAAUGUGUGGAUAGAGAUGGCUCAACAGAAUUUCCUGUUACACAGCUCAGAGGGCUGGUACAACAUUAACAACAAGGGGUCAUGUUUUUGUCUUCUGCCAUCCCAUUUGCCCACCUCUUGCCCUACCUGAGAUGGGCACACGCUUCCUGUGUGGCUGCAAAGAAAGCUGCUACAGACUGAAUGAGCCAUGGGAUGAUGGUUCCACACCUCCCCAGUGUUUUGUUGCCACCUGUGGUAUAAGGUAGAAGCAAUUCCAUUCUCCAGACUGAGCUGGUGCUUUGCUCACUGGCCAGGGAAGGUGGCUGCAGUGUCCUCUGCCUUGCAUUGUGGAAGUUUCAGAUGUGCCAGUACUGCAAUAACUUUCUCAUCUCUGACCCUAAUGAGAGUUUCGUGUUGUUCUUCAAGUUGUUCCAUAAAGUUUUUUUCCAUUGUUGUGUUGCUAUAGUUUCUCCAGCAAUGAGAGGAUAAAAUGGAAAAUAUCAGCAAUUUAUCAUUUGGUUUUUCUUGUUGAAUGUAUCAAAUUGUCUAUAUCCUGUGUGUUUGCCAGCGAGUGUUGUGUGGUGCCACGUUCUCUUCUCCUGUCUGUAACGUUGGAAUGAGGUACUGCAGUGUGGUGUUUGUAUGAGUACCACAAGUGUGUGUGAUCAACUAUGUCUGUGCACAGUGAUCACAAAAUAAACUUUUGGAAUUAAAGUAAAA